GAACAACUCGCUUCUUCUUCUUUUUAGUCUCUCCUUCCCACUGACUGCCACAAUGACUGUUGCCGCGGCCAGCAUGGCGAGAAAAGCAGCAGGCCUCCUCGUCACCGUCAGUCCGCGUCUCGACAAGGCCCUCAUUGCGCGUCUGGGCGAGGUGGCCGAGCGUGUGUAUUCCUACCCGGUCCUGGACAAGGCCCAGCCCACGGCCGAGGAGCUGGCGUCGAUCGACGUGGUCCUGUGCGACGUGCGGGGCCUUCCCAAGUACAUUACCGAUAUCGAGCGGCAGUGCCCUCGCCUCAAACUGGUCCAGGCGAGCAACUCGGGCGUGACAAACAUCGUCCAGGGCCCAGGCUACCUGGGCGCGUCUCCCGGCGUGCGCCAGUCGCUGACGAUCUGCAACGCCAGCGGCCUCCAUGUCAUUACCAUCCCCCCUUACGUGCUGACGACGAUCCACAUGAUCUACCUCCGCCUCAACGAGCAGCACAUCAACGCACAGGUCCAUGGCAAGUGGGUCGACCAGCUUCCGGACCUGUAUGGAAAGCCGUAUGCAGGGCGCACCAUUCGCGGCCGGACAGUCGGCCUGCUCGGCUAUGGCCACCUCGGAAGAGAGACGGCGCGGCUGCUCAAAGCGUACGGCGCACACGUCAUCGCGGCAAACACACGGGGGACACGCAGCACAGACACGGGCUAUGUCGUCCCUGGCACCGGCGACGCAGACGCGACGCUGCCCGAGGACAUGUACAGCACCUCGGACGAGGCCAGCCUGGCCGCCUUUCUUGCGCGGUGCGACGUCCUCGUGUCGAGCCUGCCGUCGACGCCCAAGACGCGCAAUCUCCUGACACGGCAACGCCUUGCGCUGCUCCCGCGCAAUGCGGUUCUUGUCAAUGUAGGCCGGGGUGACGUGGUGCGCACAGAAGACAUCCUCUGGGCCCUCGAUCGGCCGCUCGACGAUGGCAACGGGCCUCUGCUGGGCGCUAUCGUAGAUGUGACAGAACCCGAGCCCCUCGAGGACGGCCAUCCGCUGUUCACACACCCACGGGCCAUUGUCACUCCGCAUCUCGCCGGUGACUCUGAAGGCGAGCUGGAGACGGCAAGCGACAUUUGCUACAACAAUGUUAUGCGCCUCUUGAGCGGAGACAAGCUCCUCAAUGUAGUUGAUGUAGAAAAGGGCUAUUAAUGAAAACAAGUUGCACAGCGUCUUCCAU